AUGGAGCCCAACAACGACGAUAUUGAACAUUUGCCCACAGGAGCACUGAAUGCUGUCAUCAGGCAACGUACUAAUGUCAUGUCGAAAGAAGAUUACUGUGCAAUGGUGCGGACAACCAAUUCUGAGCAGCGCGACCUCAUCCUGCAAAUGAUCCACAGUUUGCACAGUUACGAUGAAAGUAGCAAGCCGAUGCAGAUUUUCUUUACUGGACCUGCUGGGUGCGGUAAAACAUUCACUCUGCGCAUUUUAAUGGAGACGAUAAAUCGCUACAGUCAAGCCCACAACGCGCAGAAGAACGCCUAUGUGGCGUGUGCUUCCACCGGAAAAGCAGCCGUUGCUAUAGGAGGAACAACCGUUCAUUCAGCGUUUCGGAUCACUAUGUCAAGGCGAGCCAAUUCGAAACUCAGCUUUGAGAUGCUGCAGUUGUACCGCAAUGCUUUUGCAAACAUUAAGGCGGUCAUAAUCGAUGAAGUUAGUAUGAUUGGUGCGGAUAUUCUCAACACCAUUCAUGCGCGUCUUCAGGACAUUAGUGGCAAUUAUGAUGAUCCAUUUGGCGGAAUUAACAUCGUAUUCUGUGGAGACUUGCGACAAUUGCCACCCGUCAAUGCAAGGCCUGUUUACAAGCCUACAGGUAAUUCCUUUCACGGUGCUGUUCUUUGGCAAGCAUUGGAUUUCUUACCGCUUGUUAAGGUGAUGCGGCAGACAGAUGUAGAGUUCUCCAGUAUACUCACUAAGAUUGGUAAUGGCCAGCAAAUGACUGCUGAGGAGACCAAACUGAUUGAAAGUCGGUUCCGUACUGUAGAGUGGUGUAAACAAAACGCACCAGGAGCAAUAAGGCUUUAUCAUCGGAAUGCGGAUGUUGAAGCAUACAACAACGAAGUACUGCAUAAUCAGGAUGCUCUGGACUGUAUAGCGGAUGACGUUUUCGCGGGAUACAAGGACGCUGGUCAACUGGCAAGCUCUCGCAUCAAGCUCUACAAGAUGAGCGUCGUGGAAACCGGUGGGUUACCGUAUUUGCUACGCCUUUCCGUUGGUAUGCCAUACAUGAUUACAACCAACGUCGAUGUAGAAGAUGGCGUAGUGAAUGGUGCAAUAGGUGAGCUGAAAUAUAUUGAAAAGGAUGAAGACGGCUCAGUUGUGAAACUAUGGUUCAAGUACGACAACGAGACGAUAGGUGCUGCGUUGAGGAUCAAAUCGCGACCAGCUGUCUAUUCAAGGCCAGGAAUUCUGCAACCCGAUUGGACUCCUAUUGCAAAACGUUCAGGUAACAUAAAGCUAAGCGGCAUCAUUAAAUGCAAACGCAUACAGUUUCCGGUGGUUAGUGCCUGUGCGUUAACAGUUCAUAAGUCGCAAGGUGGCACUUUCUCCGAGGUCGUGUAUGAUUAUGACAAGACUCAAGAUCAGCAAUUGGUGUACGUUGGCUUGUCACGUGUUACGAUGCUUCAAGGCCUUUACUUGACGAACUCCACAAACUCGUUUAAAUUUCAUCAUGCUAAGGGUAGCAACUCACCAAAGAUGGUGGAUUUAAGGAACGAGUUGUUGCGUUUGGGUAAUCACCGACUGCGUACACUAGGAGAUGAACUGAGUGAAGUAGUUGAAAACAGCGGCUCUGCAUGCACAUUGAUGAGCCUCAAUGUACAGAGUUUGAACGCUCACGCGCAGGACAUAGCGACUGAUCGAAUCCUUUCAAGCGUAGAAUUUCUCGCUCUGAAUGAAACCUGGAUGGAUGCUACCUCUCCAAUAGAGAUUGAUGGAUAUAAGCGCAUCACCCAGUGCAAGCGAAUGGGUAUGAGAGCGGCUGGAGUCGCGAUCUAUCAGAAGGAAACGGCAUCAACCCUGGCUGUUCCGCAUCCCAUCAAGCAACUCGGUGAGGAUCGAGACGAGACGUUUGCCGAAGUGAUCAACUAUGGAGACAUAUGUGCAGCAAAGGAACAACCAUAA